AUGAACCCAGUCCACCUAAUUUACAAGGAAUUUUCAAAAGAACCAACCUUCCAGUUCUUCACAAGAGGAGGAAACAAAAUGGAAUACGCACAUGUCCAGAUGUUCAUGGAAAAGCUGAAGCAGCUGAUAUACUCCGAUGAUAUUCCAAUGAUCAACAACCCAUCAAUCUUAUGUGAAAGGCCUCAAUUCCAACUGCUUUAUGAAGAGCUUGACUCCAUGAUGCAAACCCUUUUCAACCACGAAGACCAAGAUCUAUACAACUUUGAAAAAGUGAGAAAACUGAAGAAAAGAUUCAAAGCUACAGCUGAAGAGGCAGAAGAUAUCGUCGAUAUUUUUCUAUCUGCUGUCUACUGUAGAUAUAACGAGUAUUUCACUAUCUCUGAUGUCUUUCAAACCUCUCUGAAUCUUGAGGAUGUUAUAAGAUCAAUUAAGUCUAUCAAAGUGGAAUUCAUGACUGCAAAAAUCGAUCAUAUGAAGAUGGAUUCGUCUCAAAGAACUGACAGACUGCCGAUGAAGUUAGCUUCCGUUGCUGGAACUUCCAACACUAGAAAUUUGGUAGGAUCCAAGAAAGCAGUGGAAAAAAUCGUCGUGGGGAUUGAUCGUGAUGCUGAGAUUAUACGGGACAAACUUGUUGAAGAUGGAAAGCAUUUGGAUGUGGUCUCUAUUGUUGGUAUGGGUGGACUCGGUAAGACUACCCUUGCAAAGAAAGUGUUCACUGAUCCUUAUGUUGUAUAUCAUUUUCAUGUCCGUGGAUGGGUCACUGUUUCACAAACGUAUGACAAGAGGGACCUAUUGAUUCAAGUUCUGUCAUCCAUAGAUAAACAAUUAGAGCUUGAAGAAGCAACAAACUCUCAACUUCAUGAAAAGCUGCACAAACGCCUAAACCGUCAGAAAUAUUUGAUUGUCAUUGAUGAUAUCUGGAGUAAAGAGGCAUGGGAUAAGCUGAAAUUAUUUUUCCCUGAUGAUAACACUGGAAGUCGCAUUGUGCUUACUACUCGACUCACUGAAGUUGCUUCGCACGCAAAAUCACACGGACUUAUUCAUCAUUUACAACAUUUGUCAGAUGACGAAAGUUGGAAGUUGUUGUGUGAGAAGGCGUUCCAAGAAGAUGAAUGUCCUGAAUGGUUGAUUGAACCUGGAAAGCAAAUUGCAAAAAACUGUCAUGGAUUGCCGCUUUCUGUGGUUGUGAUGGCAGGAGCUUUAGCAAAAGAAGCAAGGAGUCAAGAUUUGUGGGUAAAAAUUUCUUGCAGUGUGCAUUCUUACAUUGCUAGUGAUGAGAAAGGAUGUCUGGAAACAAUAGCAUUAAGUUACCACCAUUUACCUCUUCACUUGAGAGACUGCUUUCUCUAUCUGGGAGGGAUUCCAGAAGACUCUUGGAUCGUUGCACGAACGUUGAUCCUGUUAUGGAUGGCUGAGGGAUUUAUACAGGAUGAUGGAUGUCGAAGCUUGGAGGAAAUCGGGAAGGGUUACCUAAUGGAUCUGGUUGACAGAAAUCUUCUUAUUGUAGAAGAAUUGUAUAUUACAGGUGAUGUCCAAUUUUGUAAAGUCCAUGAUCUUGUGAGGCAGCUAUCUGUGGAAAAGGGAAAAGAAGAAAACUUCUUCCUCAAAAUAGAACCACCAUCUAGUGGUCUUUGUGAUAUCAUAGGAAAACAAAUCAAUAAAUUAAGAAAUCGGAAAAAGGCAAUUACCACACAUGAGCAAUGCCGUGUGGUCACAAAUCAAGAAAUCGACAUUAUGAGUUUGUGUCGUCAGUCCACCCCAAAUAUUAGAUCGCUUUUGUGCAAUCAUAGGAAAACAACCUUUACUGACAAUAUCUCAAAGUUUUUCCGGUCGUUUGCACUUCUUAGGGUGUUAAAUCUAGAAAGAUGUGAAUUGAUAGAUUUUUCCCCCAGUUUAGCAUUACUAGUUCACUUAAGGUACCUUGAAAUUUGGAUUUCAUUAUUCCCAUCAUCAAUAUGCAAUUUAUGGAACCUUCAAUCCCUCCUUGUUAGAACAAGUUCUAGUUCUAUGCUUUUACCUAGUAGCAUAUCGAAUUUGGUGAAUCUGAGGCAUUUAGGCUGUAAUGCAGAUCUUUUUCUUCCUUCUAUUGGAAAACCUAUGAAACUGGAAUCUAUUUCGAAUGUGGUGGUGGGAGUUGGGGUAGAUAAUUUUAAGAAAUAUUUUCCACGUGAGGAGCAGUUUCAACGACUAAAAAUAUUGAGACUUGAAGAGUUAAAUAUCAAACAAUUGGAAGCCUCAAGUAUUAACUUUCCAUGUCUCAAAGAAUUAGAGGUGGUGAAUUGUGUUGAUCUUGAAGAGAUACCCCUUGAAUUAGGGGACAUCUCAACGCUUGAGUGUAUUUACGUUGUGAAUUGUUGUGCUUCUCUUCUCGUAUCCCUUCAAAAAAUACGACAGGAGCAAGAUGUUGUGGGAAACUAUGAACUGGAGAUCAUAGUUGAUGAAAGGAAUAUGCCCUCUUGUGUACCCAGGAAUGACGAUUAA